AUGGCGGUCGUCAGAGUGGAAUAUACAGAGGAUGGAUUUGCCAUCAUCACGAUGCAGAACGGUGAAAACAGACUAAAUCAAAUCUAUGUAAACGAAAUGACGCAAAUUCUGGACGACAUUGAAAGAAAUAAAGAUGUGAAGGCAGUAAUCACUACAGGAGAAGGGAAGUUUUUCAGUAAUGGCCUUGACCUCGAGUGGAUGAAAUCUAACACAGAGGAUGUAGUGAACGCCUUCAGAUACGGGUUGCAUGCGUUACAGUGGCGCCUGGUGCACUUCCCACUUCCAACGGUGGCUUUAUUAAAUGGACACGCAUUUGCUGGUGGGGCGUUUAUUGCAAUAGCACAUGACUAUCGCGUCAUGAACUCAAAAAGAGGCUGGAUUAGUUGGAAUGAAAUACUCGUAAAUCUCCAGUUAAAUCAGGCUUCGUUAGAGUUACUAAGACAGAAAAUCUCCCGUAUGGAUGCCUUGAGAGAAGCUGUCUUGUUUGCCAAAAGAAUAACUGCCACCAGAGCUGUCGAGCUAGGGAUAGUAGACGCGGCUGUCGAACCACAGAACCUUCUCAAAGAGGCCAAACGCAUAGCACUUCAGGCACUAGGACCAAACGGGAUUGACAGCAGCAUGCUUCAAACUAUGAAGAAAGACUUAUUCCAACAGCCCAAUAUUGACAAAGUCAAUGCUAAACUUUAA